AUGACGGAUCACCCCUACAACUCCUCCGACCUUAACUCGGUCCUGCAGACGCUAUCCAGCUUGGGAUCGCUAAACAGCUCUCAGAAUACAUCAAUACCUCGGAGAGAGGCCCCUCCGGUGCCACAUCGACAACAAAGUGAAUUCCGUCCAUCAGAGAGGCCACAUUCCAACCCACCGAGGUCGAGCACAGGCACGCCAACCAUCGACCCAUCAACUAUCACCACCUGGCCUGCCGCACUACGCUAUGUAAUGCGUAUCGUCGGUCAAAACGAGGAAACGCAACUUCGAAUCCGUGGUCUGAUUAGAAGCCAACACAGCCAUGAGCAGCAGUGGUGGAAGGGUCGUGAGACACUGCUCGAGAAACAAGCAGCCCGCGGGGACAAGAAGAAAGAGCUAGAUGCUGUUUUACGUUCCAUCGGUGCACCCGUUGACUCAAAAGAGAUAUCAAACACGGUGGAGGACAAAGAAGAACUUGCAAACUAUGACGCAAAGGUCUACAGAGCUUCCGCCCAGAUGGCGGAUGCCAUGACGGCUGAGUUGCGCGGACUCCAAAUCCCCUUCUUCGUCAUCCAAAAAAGCCUCAUCCAAGAGCCGUCAGCGCCAGGUUCUAUCAGAGUACCCUCACAGGACAAGGAACCUGAAGGUUCAGCAAAAGUGGCCAAGGAUGAGCUGGCAUCUUUUCAACGGCGCAUGUUGGAGCUACUUCAGGAUCUUUGCAAGGAGUGA